UCUUUCGUUCCUUCCUUCAGUCUCCAUCAUGGCGAUGCAUAACAAGGCCACACCGCCACAGAUCCCUGAUACCCGACGAGAGCUCUCUGAAUUAGUGAAGAGGAAACAAGAAUUAGCGGAGACCUUGGCAAAUCUAGAACGACAGAUCUAUGCAUUUGAAGGAAGUUACCUGGAAGACACACAGAUGUAUGGGAAUAUCAUCAGAGGCUGGGAUCGUUAUUUAACAAAUCAAAAGAACUCAAACAGUAAAAAUGAUAGGCGUAACCGAAAAUUCAAAGAAGCAGAAAGACUUUUUAGCAAAUCUUCAGUCACGUCAGCUGCUGCAGUAAGUGCUUUGGCUGGCGUACAAGAUCAGCUGAUUGAAAAACGGGAACCAGGUAGUGGAACAGAGAGUGAUAAUUCUCCAGACUUCCAGAACCAAGAAAAUGAGCCCAGUCAAGACGACACAGAGGAUAUAGAUGGUUCCCUGUCUGGUGCCAAACCUCAGAAAGCUGCUUCCUCUGCUAACUCAGGCGGACAUCAUAGCAGUCACAAGAAACGCAAGAAUAAAAACAGGCACAGGAUUGAUCUUAAACUGAACAAAAAACCAAGAUCUGAAUAUUAAGAGAAAACGGUCUACCAGUGGAGUUCUUCCCCCUCUGAGAAAGCUUGACUUGCAGAACAAGGCCUUCAUGCAGCCUGUAUACAUGAGAGGAUACCAGGAACAGUGUACGUGCCUUACAUAAAGGCUGGACUCAAGAUGAAGGAUUUCUUUAAAGAAUUUCAAAAGCUGUUUGAGGACCUAAGCAAAGCUAAUUCAGGACCAUUGUAGGAGAAUGACGGUCAUCCUUCUGUGAAUUCAUAUGCACUAAUGUAAAGAAUUUCCUAUUAGCACAUAACUUCUAAUAAUAUAAAUGGGAAACUGUAUUGCCUUGCUCCUGGUAGCUACAUUCAUGUUUGUCAUCCAACCCGGCAUGUUUCUAAAAAUGGUAAAAUGAAAUCAGUUAACCAAUCUUUCUGAGAGGACUGCAUAUAGCCACUGUAUAGAAACUUGUUUAGAGCAUUAUUUUCGCUUUCCUAUUUAUUGUUUGUUUGUAAUACAUAAUACAUUUUUACAUUCAUAAUACAAAGUCUUUUUUUAAUUCUGUUUGGUUUUACAGAAAUGUAUACAGUGUCUUAUUACAAGCGCUUAUCUGUUAAUCCUAAAGUCUUUGUAGUUUACAACUUGGUUGCUAUUACAUUAGCAGACAGAGUAUUCUUAUAAUUUUUUUUUAUUUUUCAGGUUGACUUUAUUUCAUCACACAUUGAACUUGUGCAUUUGCCUUCACAUUUGAAAUCUUAUGUUUCAAGUAUAUUUAAAGGAACGUGAAUCCCAAAAUGUUUGUUUCAUGAUUCAGAUAGAACAUACAAUUUUAAAAACUUUCCAAUUAUCUAAUUUGCUAUGACCUCUUGAUAACCUUUGUGGAAAAGCAUACCUAGGUAGGCUCAGGAACUAUCUGCUAAUUGGUGGAUGCACAUAAAUGAUCAGCUAGCUCCCAGUAGUUCAUUGUUGCUCCGUCGAUAAAGCAUACCAAGUGAAUGAAGCUAAAUUGAUAAUAGAAGUAAAUUGGAAAUUUAUUUAAAAAUGUAUGCACUAUCCAAAUCCUAAAAGAAGAAAUUUGUGUUUCAUGUCGCUUUAAUGGCAGAUAACUGGUCUUUUUUUUUUUUUUUUUUUUUUAAUUCAGGAAUUAGAAACAAUUGUUAAUAGAUGGCUGAAAAGAUAAAGUUGCAUAUGUAAUGUGCUGUAUUUUGGCUUCUUGUAUUUGUAAAGUGUACAUAUUUUUCUACUUAUAUAUAUUUUUUUUUUUUAGUUUUAUUUUUUUUUAAAUACCUAAACAUAAUAUAUUCUGUUUUAAAAUUAAGCUAGUGCCAGAAUAAGAAUUUGUUUAUAAUAGAGUGUUCUUUUUUUAAGUUAGGGCUUGACAAAGCCACAGACCCUUAGCUACAAAAAAAAUCUUGUUCCAGCUCCUAACUUUUUGGAAUCCUCUACAUUUUUUUUAUUUUGUGUGACUUCUAAGCUUUUUGUAGGAAGUAUCCCAUUUGACAUUUUUUCUUUUUUUUUUCCUUCAAAAUGUGCUUAUCCAUCCACACUUUGUUCUGUUAUAUUUUUAGAUUAUAGCUGAUCAGACGGAUGCCUUCUAUAGGAAUAUGUUGUUACAAAGCAAUUUUUUUGUAUUUACUACAACUCUCUUAAUAUCCAGAAGGUUAUCAAUAGUUUAAGUUGCAUAAUAGAUUCAAUUUAAUAAAUAUGUAUUUGGGUAUUA